UGCAACGCAAAACCAGUCUUAAUCCAGUUGAUUGCCGGCCGCGAGAGAAGUAAUACCUACUUGAAGAAAAUAGCGAAUCUGAGUCCGAGUAAAAUGCUGCUGGUGCUGAAGUUUGUUUUACUAAUUUUGUACUCCUGCAAUUCGAUCGCUCAAAAAGAAUCCGAAGAAGAUACAUCAGUCAAGAAAUGCCCUGAUGGAUACUGUGUUUCUAUUUACCAAUGCAACCAGAACGGCACGAUUAUCAGGGACGGCGAAGACCUGGUUGAUCUUAGAUUAUCAGACUACGAGGUGGAAGGUAUCAACCUUGAACCUACUGCGGACGGUUGCGAGGUGCUCCAACGAUGCUGCAAGCUUGAAGAUGUGCGAGAACCGAUUAAGGCGAUAGACGAAGAGUGUGGAGAUGAUUGUGAAGAACCGCUACCCACUUGCGGUCAAUCCAAUCCAAAUAUUACCGCACAUCGGGUGCAUGACCCAGCGAUAGCGCAGUUUGGAGAAUUUCCCUGGAUGGUGGCACUUUUGGAAAACGUCGAACUGUUGGGUGAACCAAAACUAAUGUAUUUCUGCGGUGGAUCACUAAUUCAUCCCCGGGUAGUUUUAACGGCGGCACAUUGUCUCAAAGAUCGCAACGCAGAGAGCAUACAGGCAAGACUUGGAGAAUGGGAGACAACAAAAGAGAACGAAAUUUUCAAACAUGAGAAUUACGCUGUACAAAAGACCAUUAUCCACGAGUCAUAUCACGCAAAAAAGUUCUUCAACGAUGUUGCUUUGCUUAUCCUGGAGAAGGAGGCCCACAUGAAAUCACAUAUUCGUCCCAUCUGUCUUCCAGCGCCGGAUGAAUCGUUCGAUGGAGUAGAUUGUAUCAGUAACGGAUGGGGACGAACGCGGUUCAACAAGCAGGAUAGCUAUGCAGAGAUUUUGAAGAAAGUUCAACUACCGACUGUGAAGCACAGUAAAUGUGCUAAAUUGUUGAGAAAAACCAGACUAGGACCGUUCUUUCAGCUGCAUCCUGGCUUUAUGUGUGCCGGCGGACAAGCCGGUACCGAUACUUGCUUAGGUGACGGCGGAUCGCCAUUGUCCUGUGCACGGCAGGAUGGUAGUUUCGUACAGGCAGGUAUUGUAGCCUGGGGUAUAGGAUGCGGACAGGAGAACGUGCCAGGUGUAUAUGUUAACGUUGCUAAAUACGUAGAAUGGAUCAAAACCCGACUAUUUGAAGAAAACAUUUUUCUCUACAAGUAGGCGUGUUGUGUGUGAAACACAGUUGUAAUACCUGCACCGAUGUUUGGGAAGAAAAUCUUGAGCUUGGGCUCAAAGAAAUAUUAUUAAAAACGUCAGAACACAGUAAAAGAGAUUUUAAUCUGAAUAAAAGUGUUGUUCCGAAUUCGAAAA